UCCGCUGGGCAGGAUCCGCCUUGCCGGCUGUGGCCGGCGGGGCUGGGAGACCCGCGCUGGGAGAAGGUGAGGGACCCUGCGGGCAGCUCCGCACAGACCGGGAGAUGAGCGCUUGGAACUCUUUCUGCGAGCGGACCCAUGAUCGAAGGACCAAAAGAGCCCUGUGAUCGCCGGACCUGGCCCUGCGACCCUAGACAUGGGCCAGACCUCGGUCUCCACGCUGUCCCCGCAGCCCAGCAGCGUUGAUGGACUGGACAAAGCUUCGGUAGCAAACUCAGAUGGCCCAGCAGCAGGUUCCCAAACACCUCCUUUCAAGAGAAAAGGGAAACUCUCCACCAUUGGCAAAAUCUUUAAGCCUUGGAAAUGGAGGAAAAAGAAGACCAGUGACAAAUUUAGAGAAACCUCAGCAGUAUUAGAAAGGAAGAUAUCCACACGACAAAGUAGAGAGGAGCUGAUAAGAAGGGGAGUUCUUAAGGAAUUGCCUGAUCAAGAUGGAGAUGUAACAGUUAACUUUGAAAAUUCAAACGGGCACAUGAUACCCAUCGGAGAGGAAUCUACCCGAGAGGAAAAUGUAGUCAAAUCUGAAGAAGGUAAUGGCUCUGUAGCUGAAAAAACGCCACCUCUGGAGGAAAAGGCAGAAGAUAAGACAGAGAAUACUGCAAACCACUCUGAGACACCGGCAGCUCCUGCUCCACCUCCUUCAACUCUUCCUAAGCCUAAACCCAAACCUAAGCCCCCCAAAACAUCUGUGCCUCCAAAAGGGGCUGCUGCUGGGUCCAGCCCCAAGGGUGAUGAAGUGCCUCCUAUUAAAAAACAUACCAAGGCUCCUGGUAAGCAGGCCCCCAUCCCUCCACCCAAGCCAACAAGCCGAAACACGACCCGAGAGGCUGCUGGCUCCUCUCAUUCAAAAAAAACAACUGGCUCCAAAGCCUCAGCUUCACCAUCUACUUCCUCCACCUCAUCUUCUCGCAAGACUUCAAAGGAGACAGUUUCUAGCAAAACAGGGACAGUGGGAAUCACUAAGGGCAAGAAAAAAACUGGCAAGCAGCCAACGCCUCAACCCGCCUCAGACGCAACCACUUCUGGAACCUGCGACCUUAAAGGAGAGCCUUCAGAGACCAAGGUGGAGACUGAGCGGACUGUCCCUGGGACCGAGGAGCCGGAGCCGACCCCGGGCAAAUCCAAGUCCGCAGUCCCUCCACCCCCGGUGGCCCCUCCCCCGCUGCCCCCCGCCCCUCUCCUUGUUCUGGAGGAACAGUGCAUUUUUGCCUCAGACACUCCAGUUGUCCUGGUCACCAAUGGAGCCGACCUGCCCAUCCCUGCCUUAGACCCCAGCCAGCUUCUCUGGACUGAAGAGCCGACAAGCAGAACCACUGUCCACUCAGGCACUGGCUUAAGUGUUAGCCGAGAAAAUGCAAAAUGUUUCACAACCAAAGAUGAGCUGGGAAAGGCAGCACCUCAGCUGCUGGCUCCAGGGCUGAUGGGAGAAUCUUCAGAAUCCUUCUGUGCCCUGGAGGAUGAAAGCCAAAGGGAGUACCGGGCCAAUGACUCAGACUCGGAUGGGCCUAUCCUGUACACCGAUGAUGACGACGACGAAGAGGAUGAAGACGAGGAUGGCAGUGGUGAAAGUGCUCUGGCAAGUAAAAUCCGACGACGGGACACCCUUGCUAUCAAACUUGGUAACAGACCAUCCAAAAAAGAACUAGAGGACAAGAACAUCUUGCAGUGUACCUCUGAAGAAGAGAGGCAGGAAAUCCGACAACAAAUUGGAACCAAACUAGUCAGGAGACUUAGCCAGAGGCCUACAACUGAAGAAUUAGAGCAAAGAAAUAUCCUAAAACAAAAGAAUGAAGAAGAAGAACAAGAAGCAAAAAUGGAACUUAAGCGCAGACUCAGCAGAAAGCUCAGCCUGAGACCCACAGUGGCAGAGCUGCAAGCUCGACGGAUCCUGCGGUUCAACGAGUAUGUGGAAGUCACCGAUUCUCCCGACUAUGAUCGCCGGGCAGACAAGCCCUGGGCCAGGUUGACACCUGCGGACAAGGCAGCAAUAAGGAAAGAACUAAAUGAAUUUAAAAGCACAGAAAUGGAAGUUCACGAAGAGAGUCGACAGUUUACAAGGUUUCAUCGUCCGUAAUGAGGUGUGAGACUCUUUGGAAACAUAGACUGAUCAUCUUUGGGGGAAGUCUUGCUUCCUGAACACCUGAUAUUGCACUGGGAUUUGAUGAUGUGUGUUUCCAUUUAACUGGCGGAGAAGAAGCGUGUGGAGACUGCUCCCCACCUGUACAGCCCAGACGGGGCCAACAAGCGAAGGGACGGGUAUAGUGACCUUGCUGUCCAGCAUGUGUAUUGAUGGCAAGGGACACAAUGGUUACACCAGUUAUUCUUCAUCAGGGUUUUAAUCAAAGAAGAUCAGCAGAAGACAAUCACUGGCUCCCUGUUACCAGAAAGCCAAAGUUUAGAGUGCGGGUUUAAAAAAAAAGAAAAAUGGGGAAUGGAAUGGCUGGGCACUGGAAGAGGGUGGGUGGGGGUUGAAAACCAGAAAGAAAGAGAAAAAUUUCAUUAUGUUAAUGAAGCAAAGAAAAAAUUGAAGCAUAAAUGUAUUUUUGAAGUAGGCUUUUGAUAGCUAAGAAGUUAUUAAGGGAUUUGGGGAUCUAAUCACCCAGAGUGGAUUCCUUAGAGACCUAAUCCUAGAGGAAUAUCUUUUCACCAUUAUGUUGGUACUGUGUAGUACCAUUAUUUUAUGUUGUGCCAGUGAAUCCAGUUGCCAGAAAUAAGUCUGAGUGUUUUCAUGCAUCUUUUUCUUAAAUGCAAGAGGCUUUUAUGGACUCUUAACAAGCAUGCUUACCCAAAUUCUGUUGCAUGCUUUAAGUAGCAUAGAUAUACAUACUUUACUUUUUUUUUAAUACUCCUUACCACAAGGAUAACAGGACUGGGAAUAAAGUCAGAUGAGAUGUGACCCUAUUAAACUGUAGCAAGCUUUAGAAAUAAAUAUUUUGGUCUUUCCCUAGCUUAUCUCCAAAGUUGAAACAACCAUGUUUGAUCGAAGGAAGAUAGUAUCGACAAUCACAUCUUUUUUAAAAAUCUGAUUCCAGAAUUAAAACUUAAGCAAAAUGUAAGUGUUCUGCCAGCAGUUAGCUCUUAAUAGGACUGCAAAGGACUACUUAUUUUCCAUGCUGCAUUAAGUUGGAUUGCUGCUAUUUAAAAAGAUUAAGCAUGUGGAUCAACAAAGCACUCAAAGACAUAAAAAGAACACAGAAGAUUUUUGCUAAGUUGAGAGUGAGGAGAAUCUCAUUUUGUGUAUUAAGAGUCUGCAGGUUGCAUCCAUAAGUACAACAUUGAGUUUCAGUGCAAAAAACAGGUGACUUUAGAGUUGUGGAAGUUUCCCUAUGAGCCUACAGUCAGUAUUGUUUACAUUCACAGACCCUCCACCGUUAUCUCGCUGUUUUCCAUGGAGCCACCGGCAAAGCAUGGCUUCUGCUCGCAAAUCCAUAUGACCAUAUGUAAAUGUUCCCUUUCAUUUAAUUGUUUUUUUCCCCACAGUUAUUUUGUUCCCCUUUUAUUAAAAACACAUGAUUUGUAUAACAAGACAA